UAAAAUUUUACAUAAAUGGAAAGCUUUCUUCAGUUUAAAGUAAAACCAAUCUGUGCAACCAAGCGUCUCCGUUCAAAAGCUUCUAUUUCACAAUACAAAUCCAACAUCAAUUUCUCCAUCUCGCAUAAUCCACAAACUUGGAGUACAGCUGUUGAAGUUUAUAAUCAAAUGGAUUGGGGAAACGUAACUGCUGAAGAUCUGAUCGACGCGCUUCGUGAAGUUGACUGGUCAAAUCCACCGCGUCCUCUCUCCGAAUUUUUCUCCAAAUUUACCCUCCCCCGAUCAUACGCCAAAUGGAACAGCCGACUCAAAUGCAAUCUCUACUACUACCGAACAAACUACUUCAUCAUGAUUACUCUUAUUCUAGGAUUGGGUUUCCUCAGAAGGCCACUUGCUAUUGUUGCUGCUAUUUUGACAGCGCUUAGCAUUGCAUUUCUGAAUGACAGCUUUGCCAGUACUUUCAGUGAGAAGGUUACAAGAACUGUGAGACAAUUCUCUCCGCAUUUAGCUGCCAAGAUGAGGCCUCCUCUUACACCUGUGAUUCGUGGACGUCCAUCAGCUAAAAGGGCAAUCCACAUUUGUGGUCGGCCCCGUUGGGUGUUUGUCUUGAUAUUUUCUUCUGUGAGUUUCGUCCUUUGGUAUGUUUCCUGUGGUAUAUUGACUGUCCUGUGGGCACUUGCUAUUGGACUUCUUGCCAUUAUCCUCCAUGCAAGUUGCAGAACACCUAACUUGAAAGCACGUUUAAAUACAUUCCGUGAGGAAUUCCGUGCAGUUUGGCGCAAUUAUAGUGAACUGUAGCUGACGUGAACUUUAUAAGAAGGAUUGAGUUUCCGCUGUGAAGUGUCUACAGUUGCUUGUUCUGGAUUGGGAUUUAAUUGCUGCUGUUGCUAUAAAAUAAUUCCCUAUAGCAGGACUAGAUUUCUGAGGUGAAGCUGCCAAUAUUUGCAGAUCCACCAGCAGGGAUGUAAAUUGUUAGGACCUUUUGUUCUUGUAAAGCCAACUGUUUUUAUUUGUUUCAUUGUUGGAAGAAUUUUAGGGAUUUUUAUAACUGUACUCAAAAAAGAAAAAAAAAAUUUGUAGAAUUCUGGGCAGGCUCUUGUUGUUGCCUCUGCUAGUACUCUUAAGAAUUGUAAUGCAGAGAUAUUAUGUACUGAACCAUAUUGACUUUUAUAACUAUAGUGUAACCUUUUAUUUUC